GGCCGACCCGAGGGUGUGGCCCAGGCGCCGCAUGUAUAUAAGUGCAACUUGCUGCAGCUCCAACACACUUCUGAUUCUCGAAGACUCAGAAAGGAAUCAUCAUGGUGCUGUCUGCGGAGGACAAGGCCAACGUCAAGACUGUCUGGAGCAAGAUUGGCGGCCACGGUGCUGAAUAUGGCGCGGAGGCUCUAGAGAGGAUGUUCGAAAGCUUCCCCACCACCAAGACCUACUUCCCUCACUUUGAUUUGAGCCACGGCUCUGCCCAGGUCAAGGGCCACGGAGCGAAGGUCGCCGCCGCCCUGGCCACCGCCGCUGGCCACCUCGAUGACCUGCCCGGUGCCCUGUCCGCUCUGAGCGACCUGCACGCUCACAAGCUGCGUGUGGACCCUGUCAACUUCAAGCUCCUGAGCCACUGCCUGCAGGUGACCCUGGCCGCCCACCACCCUUCCGAGUUCACCCCCGCGGCGCACGCUUCUCUGGACAAAUUCCUUGCCUCUGUGAGCACCGUGCUGACCUCCAAGUACCGUUAAGCUGGAGCCUCAGGGAUGGCUGCCUCCUGCCAGGCUUGCCUUCUGCCCAGGCCCUCCCCCCUCCCUCGCACCUGUACCUCUUGGUCUUUGAAUAAAGCCUAAGUA